UCUGCGGGACAUAAUCGUAAGAAAUAUUUUAUCAACUAUCUAUUCGUGUAAAUGACCUGAUAAAAGGAUACGUGUACUGCAUAAACAGGCAUGGAUGUGUACACAUAAACUAAAAUCAUUUUAAAAGAUGCAUUGCUGUAGUAAACAAUGCCUUUCGCUCGUUUGGAAAGAUGCACUUAAAAAUUCACGAGCUUUUCAUAGACCAGCCUAUUGUCUACAGAAAAUUGCAACAGUUGAGCCAUCUUCUCCUAAUGUCCGAACGGAAAUCCCUGGACCUAAGUCUCGACAGCUGUUAAAAGAACUGGACCGCAUUCAGAAUACAGGAGCGGUGCAGUUCUUUGCUGACUAUGACAAGAGUUAUGGGAACUAUCUUGUUGACGUGGACGAUAAUUGUAUGUUGGAUUUGUACACACAGAUUGCUUCUAUCCCCAUAGGAUAUAACCACCAGAGUUUAAUUGAUGCAGUGAAGAACGAAGAUAAUUUGUCGACUUUUGUAAAUCGACCUGCACUAGGAUGUUACCCACCCCGAGAUUGGAUAACAAGAUUACAAACAUCACUGUUAGCGGUUGCACCACCUGGUCUUUCUGAAGUACAGACCAUGGCAUGUGGAGCUUGUUCAGUUGAACAUGCACAGAAAGCAAUGUUUAUUGCUUUUCAGAGAAGAAAACGAGGAGGUGCUCCUCCAACCCAAGAGGAACUUCAAUCAUGUAAAACAAAUGAUCUUCCAGGCACUCCUAAUUUGUCUGUAUUGUCUUUUAAAAAUGCUUUUCAUGGACGGACAAUGGGUGCACUAGCCCUAACGCAUACUAAACCGAUGCAUAAAUUAGAUUUCCCACAACCUAAAUGGCCUAUUGCUACUUUCCCAAUGUUAAAGUAUCCUCUAGAGGACAACGUCAGAGAGAAUCAAGCCGAGGAGAAACGAUGCCUUGAAGAGGUUGAAGAUUUAAUUGACAUGUGGCAGAAGAAAGGUGAACCUAUUGUUGGAGUAGUUAUAGAACCAAUACAGGGAGAGGGAGGAGACAACUUUGCCUCACCACAAUUCUUUCAAGGUUUACAAGAUAUAUGUAUCAAGAAUGAUAUCUGUUUUAAUUUAGACGAGGUGCAAACCGGUUGUGGUGUAACAGGUCUUUUCUGGGCUCAUGAACAUUUCAAUCUUAAACAACCACCAGAUAUUGUUACAUUCAGUAAAAAGAUGUUAACUGGAGGCUUUUACUACAGGUCUGAAUACAGAUCACAGGAGGCUUUCAGAAUAUUUAACACAUGGGUUGGAGACCCAUCAAAGGUCGUUUUACUAGAAGCUGUCAUUAAAGUAAUCAAGCGGGACAAUCUUCUAAAUCGAGUUACAGAAAUUGGAAAUUAUCUAUGGCCCGAAGUAGAAAAAAUACAGAAAAAAUAUCCAAAUUUGCUUAGCAGAGUACGAGGUUUAGGCAUAACGGGAGCAGUAGAUUUUCCAAGCCUAGAUGACAGAAAUAAAGCUAUAUCCAAGUUAUUAUCAAAAGGUGUUAAUACCGGUGCCUGUGGAGAAAGCUCACUCAGACUGAGACCAACUCUUACCUUACAGAAACAGCAUGUCGACAUUUUUCUGGACAAGUUGAAUUCAGUUUGCCAAGAAAUGAACUAACUGAUCAUAAUCUCGAUUAAUUCCUGUUUAUUAACACAUGCAAUAUUAUUUUAUUCAAGACAAUUUUAAAUUUCAAUAAAAAGUUGAAAUA